CCGCGCGGGCAGGACAUGGAUAAGGAUGAGAUCCACCUGCGCAGGCUGCCGCCCGCAGCGCCCUGGGCACCGCGUAAGGACGCAGCCCGCGACUUCCACGGGGUGGAAUUCCUGCCAGAAGAUCACCUCGAGGCCCCAAGCAAGACGGGCAUGAGGAUGAACGAAAAAUACUCCUGCCUGCCUGAUGAGGACAAGGGGAUACACAUCAUCAACAUCCGAGCUAUUGAGGAUAUUGGCUAUGUCCAGCAUGAAAGUACAUUGUUAAAUUCCCUCUCUAGAAAUCCAGAUGCGGACUGCAAAUAUGGACUUUACUUUAGAGAUGGCAAGAGAAAAGUGGAUUACAUUCUGGUUUAUCAUUACAAGAAAUCUUCAGUGGGGAGGACGCUCGCUCGGAGAAUUCAUCACAAUGAUUCAAGUGCCCGGAGCAACAAGCAGGAUCAGCCCCUUCCUGGGAAGGGAGUGCACCUGGAGAUGGAAAACGAGCCUCAUGUAGACUACCAUGAGGAUGACAAGAGGUUUCGCCGGGAGGAGUAUGAAGGAAACCUCAUGGAGGCUGGUCUGGAACUGGAACGAGAUGAGGAUACAAAAAUCCAUGGGGUUGGAUUUGUAAAAAUACACGCACCGUGGAACGUGUUGUGUCGGGAGGCAGAAUUUCUUAAGCUCAAGAUGCCCACAAAAAAGAUGUAUGAGAUCAACCAGACCCAUGGUCUUCUGAAAAAGAUUAAUUCUGUCAUUCAAAAAAUAACAGAACCCAUCCAACCCAAAGUAGCUGAACACAAACCACAGACAGUGAAACGCCUCUCCUACCCAUUCUCCAGAGAGAAACAACACUUAUUUGAUUUGUCUGACAGAGAUUCCUUUUUUGACAGCAAAACUAGAAGCACUAUAGUUUAUGAAAUAUUGAAAAGAACGACAUGUACCAAAGCAAAAUAUAGCAUGGGGAAAGGAGAGGGAAGAAAGAAGGAAACUGCACUUUUAAAUAAAAGACGAAAAUGUGGUAAAUAUGGGAUCACCAGCCUGCUUGCCAAUGGAGUUUACAGUGCUGCAUAUCCUUUGCAUGAUGGUGACUAUGAAGGUGAAAACGUUGAACCUAAUGACAGAAAACUCCUGUGUGAGGAGUGGGCGAGCUACGGAGUCUUUUAUAAAUAUCAGCCCAUUGACCUGGUGAGAAAAUACUUUGGAGAGAAGAUUGGACUAUAUUUUGCAUGGCUGGGAGUUUAUACACAAAUGCUUAUUCCAGCUUCAAUUGUGGGGAUUAUUGUUUUCCUUUACGGCUGUGCGACAGUGGAUGAGAAUAUACCAAGUAUGGAAAUGUGUGACCAGAGAAACAAUAUCACCAUGUGCCCCUUGUGUGACAGAACGUGCAGUUACUGGAAAAUGAGCUCUGCUUGUGCAACUGCUCGUGCAAGUCAUCUGUUUGAUAACCCUGCAACUGUCUUCUUCUCUGUCUUCAUGGCUCUCUGGGCUGCGACGUUCAUGGAACACUGGAAGAGAAAACAGAUGCGUCUCAACUACAGGUGGGACCUGACUGGGUUUGAGGAGGAGGAGGAGGCAGUCAAGGAUCAUCCAAGAGCAGAAUAUGAAGCCAAAGUUUUAGAAAAAUCAUUGAGAAGAGAAUACAAACAUAAAGAGACAGAUAAAGAAAAACUCACGUGGAAGGAUCGUUUUCCUGCCUAUUUCACUAACUUUGUUGGCAUUCUCUUCAUGGUUGGGCUGACAUUUGCUAUCGUGUUUGGAGUCAUAAUAUACAGGAUCUCAACUGCAGCAGCCUUAGCUAUCAGUUCAACUCCAUCUGGCCGGUCAAGCGUCAGGGUCACCGUCACUGCCACCGCUGUCAUUAUCAAUUUGGUCGUCAUCAUCAUCCUGGAUGAGGUGUAUGGCUGCAUAGCAAGGUGGCUCACUCAGAUCGAGGUUCCAAAAACCGACAAGAAUUUUGAAGAGCGUCUGAUUUUUAAGGCUUUCCUCCUGAAAUUCGUCAAUGCCUAUACGCCCAUUUUCUAUGUCGCUUUUUUCAAAGGCCGAUUUGUUGGACGUCCAGGAGACUAUGUCUACAUUUUCCACUCCUUCCGCAUGGAGGAGUGUGCUCCUGGUGGCUGUCUGAUGGAGUUGUGUAUCCAGCUCAGUAUCAUCAUGUUGGGCAAACAGCUGAUUCAGAACAACUUAUUUGAGAUUGGCAUCCCAAAAAUGAAGAAAUUUAUAAGAUACAUGAAAUUAAAGCGUCGACGUUCUCUAGAUCAUGAAGAGCAUGUGAAAAAAAAGCAACGUUAUGAGGUGGACUAUAACCUGGAACCUUUCGCUGGACUUACCCCUGAAUAUAUGGAAAUGAUUAUUCAGUUUGGGUUUGUAACCUUGUUUGUUGCGUCCUUCCCCCUGGCUCCACUGUUUGCUUUGCUGAACAACAUCAUUGAAAUACGUCUCGAUGCAAAAAAAUUUGUUACUGAGCUGAGGAGACCGGUAGCAGUCAGAGCAAAGGAUAUAGGAAUCUGGUAUAAUAUCCUCAGAGGUAUAGGAAAGCUUGCAGUCAUAAUAAAUGCAUUUGUGAUCUCAUUCACAUCUGACUUCAUUCCACGCCUCGUGUACCUGUAUAUGUACAGUGAGAAUGGCACCAUGCAUGGCUUCGUGAACCAUACUCUAUCCUCUUUUAAUGUCAGCGAUUUUCAAGCAGGAACAGCUCCAAACGACCCUAUGGAUCUUGGCUACGAGGUCCAGAUAUGCAGAUAUAAAGAUUACCGAGAACCACCUUGGUCUGAAAACAAGUAUGACAUUUCAAAGGAUUUCUGGGCUGUCUUAGCAGCAAGAUUAGCAUUUGUGAUAGUUUUCCAGAACUUGGUCAUGUUUAUGAGUGACUUUGUUGACUGGAUUAUCCCAGACAUUCCCAAGGACAUUAGUCAGCAGAUUCAUAAAGAGAAAGUUCUCAUGGUGGAGGUCUUCAUGAGAGAAGAGCAAGGGAAGCUGCAAAUGCUAGAAACGUGGAAAGAUAAGGACACGAAAAAAGGUGAAAACUGUAACAGUCACAGCCCCAGACUCUCCAAGAGCCAUAGUGGGAGCUUGUCCUCCUGCCACUCGUAUCCUGUUGACGUAUAGAAGAGCAGGGAGUUGAGCAUCUUGGGGCAUUCCACUGACGAACAGGCCAUCAUGGAAAAGACAGGACUUGGUUAAUGAUGGACAACCUGGUGCAUGCUUAAGGAUGUGCUGCAGUUUUGCGCCCCUCUUUGUGAGAAAUGCUCUUCUUGCAAAUAUGGAGGACCACGUUCUAUUUCAGAUCUUUUAUUUUUAUUUUUUUCCUUUUGCACAAGCAGUAACGCAGGGAAUUUUUAUAUUUCAUUGUUAGAUAACACUGUUGAUGUUGGUGUGCAUUAAUAAAUGCAGAUACUUAGUACAUUUUAAUAGAGAUAUUCUCUGAGAAUUUGACCUUAGCCUAUUAAGUAAAAGGUAAAUUUUAAGUAAUAAUACUACUAAUAACAUAUUUUUGGAACCCCAGGCUUGAAGGUCUGGGGCGCAACUCUGCAAAGUAUGUGCAAGACAGUUCUACAGUGUACCCUAGUAUUCCCUUUGGCAGGAAGAGAGAAAUGCUGUUAAGCUCACCAGGCUAAUUCACUUUUGAAGAUAUGGUUUAGCUCUGCUGGCAGACUUCUGUAUUUGAACCCACAGGUCCAAGACGAGCAAAGCUGCCAUUGAGUCAGCUAAGGUGUAGGGAGAAGGAAAUGUGUGGGGUGCUCAGAAACCUCAGAAGAUUGCAACAAAAUUGAAUGCCUUUAUCUUCACCCCAGUUCUGUGACCAUGGAAAGCUGCUCGCUUACUGGAAAAGCUGUUUUUACCAACAAACAGCUAAUGUGGAUGAAACUACCCAAGUGCCCCAGCCCACAUCAUAGGCAUUUGAGUGAGCCCCUUGAGAUGUACGAGUAGCAAUGUGGCAGCAGCCCAGUUCCUGAGGACCUCCCAGCAGGUAGACUCUCAUAGCGCAUUGUUAACUGCCCUGAGUUAAUGAGCACAUGCAGAGCUUCAGUGUCUCUCACUGCCCUGCCUAGAACUUGGACACUGUUGUUCCUAAGGAGUCACACAUUUUUCCUCGCUAUAGUAGCACAUCCCUUCCUUAGCCAGGUUUUUCCCUAUAGUCCUCUGUUUUCUGUGGGAGAAGGCAGUCUGCACCCAUUCUUCUUGGCCAGUUGCCCCUUCAGACUUGUUCUGUUGCAUGGCAUCUCCCAGAAGCUAUGCCAAAAGGGGUAAAUCCAAAGAUGUUGUCUUCAGUGGAAGUUUUGCCUGCAUUGGGGCUACAGGACCAGACCUUCAGUUACAGGACUUUUAUUUUGUCUUAAAAUACUCUAGCUUUUGUACAAGAAAGUUCCUUAAAGUGUAAGUCUAAAGCUCUUAAUUAUGAAGCCUAUCUAAAUCUCAUCAGUGCAACUCUUUUCAUGUAUCGUACAUUUUAGUUUUGCUUUGUCAAUGAUAAACUGCACUUCUGAGUAAUAUUGGUGCAAUUAAUCUCAUUUCUUUUAUUGCUGUCUUGUCAAUGGCACUUACAUAACAAAGAUAAAACUGAAGAAUAAAAUCUAAAGAUGUUCUUUAAAGUCUAACUACUGUACGGUUUGUUGCAAAACCAAACGUCGAGACUGUUUUCAAGUAAAGCUUGUUUCUCUUCCAUUUCUUUUUUCUUUGCCAAACUAAUUUAAAGAUUAAUGCUAGAACCUUAAAAAUGCCAUAUUUAGCUUUUUGCUAUAUUUAUUUGUUUUAAAGUAUGUGAUGAAUCUGAUAUUUUU